UGCUGGAGCUGCUGGCUGAGUGUCACGUCGGUUUAAUAUUUUUCAGGUAUCACUCAUCAUGACGUUAUUCGGCGGUUACCCAGAAAUCAGCUCUUAAAGACAGGAUUUUUAAAGAUAACUUGUCCAUGUCAUCCUGUGACUCGGCUUGGAUCCUCCCACUAGGGAUAGCCUACGGACUAUUUAUACAGCUCACAGCAUCCUGAGCCUUCUAGAGACACGCUGAUCUGAAAAGCAGAGAAUCUGAAGAUUUUGCACUUGGAGUGCCAGCUCUGAUUCUGGCUGCCGCUAUGCCCCUGCUGGAAGAAAGUUCCCUCCCGAGGGACUGUACUCGGACUGUGCCAGUCGUCAUCAUUGGUAAUGGUCCUUCUGGUAUAUGCUUGUCAUACCUUCUGAGUGGGUAUACUCCUUAUUUGGAUGCAAUGGCUGUGCACCCAAACCCCAUCCUCUUUCAUAAACUACAGGAAGCCAAGCAGCUUCCCAUUACUGAACAGGAUUUGGAAUAUCUCUCUGAGGGUUUAGAGGGGCGUUCAGGGAACCCUGUGGCAGUGCUUUUUGACACACUCCUACAUCCAAAUGCAGAUUUGGGCUUUGAGUACCCCUCAGUACUGCAGUGGAGGCUGGAAAAGAAACACCACAUUCCUCAUCUGGUUUUGGGCAAAGCCACACCUGGUGGUGCCUGGCACGCAAUGGAGGGUUCAAUGCUGACAAUAAGUCUUGGGUUAUGGAUGGAGUUACCAGGAGUCAACUACAGAGAUUUGUCCCCAGGGAAGAGAAGGUAUGUACUAAGGAUGACAACAGCAAAUAUGAUGAAGAUAGCUUCCAUUAGCAUGUUUCAAAUGUCUUUACACAAAGGAUAUCCAGAAGAUUUAUGGGUUUUUCUCAAACACAAAAGAAUAUCGUCCAAUUUUUACAAGCAUGUCAGAAGUUCUCAGAUUGAUUGUGUGUGGGAUUUUUACAGGGGGGUGUCCAAUGAUCGAGCCACUCCAGAGGAGAUAUCUUCCUACUACAAAAACUAUGUCAAGCUCAUGGGCCUGCAGAAGAACUUUGUGGACAAUACCUACGUAACCUCUGUACACAAACUCCACCGCAGUCAUGAAAAUAGUCUUGGGAAUGAAAAAGGCACUGUAAAUGGUCAGAUGAAUGGUGUCAAAAAUGGGUUUGAUUACUGCAAUAUGAACGGGACUGAGAACGGUCAGAAUGGAGUGCUGAAUGGGUUUAGUAAUGAGUCCCAAAAUGUAAUGGAGAAUAACAGUAGAAGGGGUGAGAUUGGGGAAGAUGAGGAUGAAGAUAAAAGAGGUAAAGGAGGAGUGAGAGAGAGUAUUUGGGUUUCCCAAGAACUUUCACAGGGACUCUGGGAGGUCAGGGGCUACCAACAGCUCCAUGGUGACACUCACAUCCCAUUUAGCCUAUUUGCAGAGAAUGUUGUCUUAGCAACAGGGGCAUCUGACUCACCAGUUCGAUUGGGAGUAGAAGGGGAAGAUCUCCCCUAUGUGUUUCACAAUGUUCAUGACCUUGGUGUUGCUGUUAGCUGCCACGGCAACCUGGGCCCUACUUCUGACCCCGUGCUGAUAGUGGGGGCAGGGCUUAGCGCAGCCGAUGCAGUGCUGUGCGCUCUGAACCAAAGGGUUUCUGUGUUGCAUGCAUUCCGUAAGCGUGUCGAUGACCCAGAUCUCAUCUUCAAACAGUUGCCAAAGACACUUUACCCAGAAUAUCACAGGGUCUAUCACAUGAUGUGCUCCCAUGCUUACCCAGCUUCACCUGUUGCUAAUCCUACAGCCUCUAGUCCAUCUCUGUUUGCAGACUACACCAGCUUCCCUGAGCACUGUGUGCUCUCUUUCCAGCCUGACAUGCACUGUAUGAUAAGGGGAUUCAACGGUGUUCUAAGGGCCUUAAAAGUCUCUAUGGUGCUUGUUCUGAUCGGGACCUAUCCCAACCUAUUUUUCGUGAAGGAACAAGGGCAGUACCUCGGCUUGGAUCCCAGUAGGCCAAUCUCCUGCAGACAAAAUCCCAUCGACAUAAAUCCUUACACCUUUGAGUGCAAUGCUGAGCCUGGGCUCUUCGCCAUGGGUCCCCUUGUUGGUGAUAAUUUUGUACGUUUCUUGAAAGGUGGUGCUCUUGGUAUUGCUAGCUGUCUGCUCAGGAGACUGAAACAGAGGAUGAAGAAGAACAGGAAAUUGAUUGCCGAGGAUGGAGGGUGUGGAGGACGAGGAAGAGUAGGCAGUGGGGGAGGAGGAUUUGUCUAAGGGCACUAGAGGUUUUUCAUGACUGGAGGAGCCUUGGGAAUUUUUUUUUUUUUGUCUGUAUGAAUACAUUUAUUCAACUGUGAAUACAAUGUUCAACUUUCAUACCACAUUCAAAUACAAAAAUGAACAGAUGCUAGAAGACAGAAUUUCUUCCCAACGGUGUCUUAGGCUGUCUUACAAAAAAGGCAUUCACAGGUCAGGAACAAUGUGCCAAUAUUUAAGUCUUAAUUUUUGGUGUAAAUGGAGUAUUCUAUACCUCUUAUUGUUGCAUAUAUUGUCAGUUGCCUUGGUGUAACUUAGUUAUCCGUUCUUGCAGAAAUUACAUAACAGACAGCGAAUAUCACAUUCUUGAUUACAGUGCCUAAGUCUAGGAGGCUCAAGGCUUAGCUUUUUUCGCUUGCCAUUACGUCUUGUUCAUGUUCGGGUGUUCUAGCUCUUCAAACUCUAUGUGUUUCACCACAAGCCCUGAUGGAGCCGUCUGACGUAUGGGCAGUACGACUGCUUUAUGAUACUUUUUAGUACAGCCAACUCCAGGCACAUGUGCAGAUGAUGUGCACAGACGUGUACAAGGAAACAGAAACUGGGCUGUGCGGACUGUACUGAUUUUGUACGAAAUUUAUGUAAUGCGCAUUAUGUGCGAGACGCAGUGGCACGCAAAAAUCUUAAGUGUAUACUUACAUAGCCUUCACAAUGAGCUAUAAGAGAAAGCAAUAUCUAAACGAGCAGAUACAUUUCAAAGUACCAGUUCUUGCAAAUUAAGACUGCACAGAAGUUUUAAUGUGAAAUGCUGAUGAACGCACAAUUAAUACGCACAAAGGUAAUCAUUAUUGCAAAUGGUCUUAACCCAAAUCUCUUAAUUGUCCUCAUUAAAUUAUGUCCAAUUGGAUUUGUAUUGUAAUUUAGAAUAACACUAAAUACAAGAAACAACCCUUUACACAGAGCUUCACAAGCAACCAAGUAUGCCAAGCGGGCUCCUAAGACAACUCUAAACUGUAGACUAUGUGUGAUAAUGUAGAAGGGCUGAUGCCAUGAGAUACUACAGCAAUAGAGCCAUGAUCUGGACUUGACAAGGCAUGUCUUUAGAGGGAUUACUGCAAAAGAUGAGAAGGGACAAAAGGGGAGGUCACAUUUUAAGAGCUGGACUAUGGAUCUUAGUAUAAUAUUCCAUCAAACAAGAUUCAAACCUACCUUGUUCUUUCAGUAACCCAAGACAAAUGUGCAAAAGUGCCAAACCACAGAAAGAAUUCAGUCCUUCUUAGUGACUGUGUUGUUUUUACGUUUAGGCAAUUUCUAAACUAGAUCAUGCAGAAAUCUGAAUGUGUUCAGUUGAAUUUAUAACCUUGUUCUGGAGCACAGAAUUCUGUAUAAUCUAGCAGGCUUUGGAGAUAUCACUCUCCAAGAUAAGACGUUCUUGCAAAGAGUCCUACUAACAGCAUCAAACAGUGACUCUCAUUAUUUGAAACAACUCUGUUGUGCCAAACAAAUGUAAGGAACAUUUACAUUUUUUACAUCAGUCAUUCAUCUUGUCAAUUUAGACAGCUGCUUAAGUUGUAAUUCUUUUUUGGUGUAGUGUCACUUGAGAAGACUAAACCUGAU